GUCAUCGUUCGGAUUGUUCAGAUUCGUCGGAUCCGUGUGCCGAUUUCAUCUGCCAUAAAACGAGAAAAUUGCGUUUCGACAAAUGAAAACAAAAGGGGUGGCAAUUUUUCACUAAAGUUUUCGCCGUGUUAAGACCUGAAUCGAGCAAUUAUUUUGUGACUAAAUGAAUUCAAAAUGAAUGCACAAUGAACAUGGAUCAGAAGUGUAACCGUGGCGAAGUGGAAUUCGGCAUAAAUUAUGAGAACGAUAUGUAUGGGGACAACACCAAUGCGUCCGAAAAUGCCGACAUAGAUUUUCUGUACAGUGACACGGACACACAUCCGAAUGAGAUUGCCGAACUGUACAGUUACACCGAACAGUCGGAGUUUCAGCUCAACUCUAAGGCGUUCGAUGAGUUGAUGGAAUCGUUUAAGAUUCAGCCCAGCUGGCAGAAACUCAAAGAUGCUACGAGGAAAAGUGUCGUCUUAAAACUUCUCGAUCAGCUGGAACUGUCUGAUCAGCCAGCGCGGAUCAAAUCCGCAAGAUGUAUUUUGUACUUGGCACAGGGUUGCUUUUUGGAAGUUCAAUCCGAUCAUGAACAGCAAGUUUGGACGCGUUCUAAUGUCAUGAUGAUGUAUCAAUUGGGCGUAUUUUCGGCAAUCGUUGAACUAUUGAGCCUGGAAAUGGAAAACGCUGUAACUGCUUCCGUUGCUACUCGCAAAAUGACCGUGUCACUGGCCGACUCAACCGAUUUGCGAAUCAUUUUAUCCAUUUUGUACAUCAUAACCGAGGUGAUCUGGGCUGAGAAGCAGAAUCCGAACAGUGAAUACAAGGAUCACGUUGAAAGUUUCAGCAGCGAACUGAAUCUGCCCAUAGCCGGCGAAUUAUUGACAGUAAAACUGUUCGGAAUGAUAACGCGAUUCUGCAGUGGCACAGCUCCACAUUUUCCGAUGAAAAAAGUCCUGUUGCUUCUGUGGAAGAUUUCGUUGGUUGGACUUGGUGGCAUUGAAACGUUGAAAAAAUUGAAAGAUCAAUAUCGUCAAGAAUUGAACCUAGCACCGGUCACCGAAGACACACUGGAAAUAACCAAACGUAUGCGAUCCAGUUCACCGCCAGCCACAACAUCGGACAUUCUGGACAAUCGCAAACGGAACCAUCCCUUCAGACGAGUACGUACGAACGAUAUAUUGCAAGAGCAAAAUUUAAUAAAACAAGGUUCGCUGAACGAACAAGAACAGAUCAGUAUGGAAAUGGAGGCACAGCAGUCGGAGAAUGAAGAGGAUGCGUCGGACUUUUUCAGUUCGUACAAUGAUCCAACGAUGGACGGAGGUCAAAAGGAAGCACAGUACAGUCCUGUAAUGCCGAUCAGAAACAUUGAACGUCUGCCGUGGACACCGAAAGUACGCCAAAAGGAUAUCGAUCAGUUUUUGGACGUUACGCGUAACAAAUUUAUCGGAUUUACCCUUCCCGAAGAUAAUCAAUCGUUGGCUGGUUUACCGCAACCGAUACAUGAAGGCUUCAAAACAUUGACACAACACAUUUAUGUCAGCCUGGCCGAUGUUCGAAUCAAACGAGAAGAGGAAAUCUCACGUUAUCCGCUAUUAAAAAUCGAGGGCGACAUUCCCAUCAAUUCGGUGGAGAUAUUGUACCAAGCGAUUCUUCCGAAUCUGCCGCAGUACAUGAUAGCUCUGCUGAAGAUUCUACUAGCAGCUGCUCCGACAUCGAAAGCGAAAACCGAAAGUAUCAACAUAAUGGCAGACGUUCUGCCGGAAGAAAUGCCGAUGACUGUAACACAAUCGACCAAACUGGGCAUUGAUGUGAAUCGGCACAAAGAGAUCAUUGUGAAGGCAGUGUCGGCUAUUUUGCUGUUAUAUCUUAAACAUUUCAAAAUCAAUCACGUCUAUCAAUUCGAAUUCAUGUCUCAGCACCUGGUGUUUGCCAAUUGUAUUCCGUUGGUUCUGAAAUUUUUCAACCAGCACAUCAUGACCUAUAUCGGGUCAAAGAACUCCAUUCCCAUCAGUGAUUUUCCCGCUUGCAUUCUGGGUGAACCACCAGAAUUAACCGCUGACAGUUUUGUCAUUGGUGCAACGGCCUCGUACUCGUGGCGCAACAUAUUCUCUUGCAUCAAUUUGUUGCGUGUGUUGAACAAAUUGACAAAGUGGAAACAUUCGCGCAUCAUGAUGUUGGUGGUGUUCAAAUCGGCUCCGAUUUUGAAGCAAACAUUGAAAGUACGGCACGCAAUGAUGCAGCUGUAUGUGCUCAAAUUGCUGAAAAUGCAGACCAGAUAUUUGGGCAGACAGUGGAGGAAGUCGAAUAUGAAGACAAUUAGUGCAAUUUACUCUAAAGUGCGUCAUCGUUUGAACGAUGACUGGGCAUUUGGAAAUGAUCUCGACGCACGUCCCUGGGACUUUCAAACCGAAGAAUGUUCGCUGCGAGCCUGUGUGGAUCGCUUUAACAAUCGGCGCUACUUCACAAAUACGAUCGGACCGAACACAUCCAAUAAUCAGGCACCGAAUGCCGGCAACAAUAAUAGUGCCGGUAACGGUGAUCCGAACGAGUACGAUCCGAAUUUGAUAAAUUGCUACAUGAGCGACGGUUUGCAAGAGGAACCGUUCACGUACGCUCCGGGCUACGGUGGAUGGGACGAGAAUGUCGAAUUGAGCGAUGAAUUCAAACAGGAGUACGAAACGUGGCUGCAGCAAGAGGUUUACAACACGCAAAUCAAUUGGGAUUCGUUGAUGUCCGUUACGUACGAUUGUCAGUAAAUUGUUUAAAGUUGCGAUGUGUGUGACAUGUAGACAGUUAAUAAAUGGCAGUGUUGUGUAAAGUGUUGU